AUGAUUGAUCCGCGCUUCGCCAAUGCUGGUGCCGUUCCUCUUGCUCCUGAAUAUGGAGCACAAGCAGCAAAUGUUCAUCAUCGUCGCCAUCAUCACCAUCAUCGUAAAAAUAAACAUGGCCUUAUUGAUGAAUCACCAUUGAGUCGUGAUGAAUCCAUACAUAAAGUAGAUCGGGGACAUCGUCAGGUACAACAAAGUGCACCAAUUGGUGCAGGCUAUGGUGUUCCCUAUGGUGUCGGUGAUAUUUAUCCACAACAAAAAUAUCCAGGCAGUCAUUAUGGACUAGCAAAUCAAUAUCGAGGUAAUGCUCAUGAUCAAAGUCAGCUUGGUGUUGCUGCCGUAACAAAACAUCAUCGACGUCAUCAUCGUCAUCAUCAUGGUAAACAUGCUGUCGAAGCAACUGAUAAUCAGUCACAAGCAGUACCAGAAGUACUAAUUGGUCAACGUUCCUCUAGUGUAUUAAGUAACGAAGCACCACAAAAACGACAAGGACGUUCAUCAGUUUCACCAGUUGCAGAUGAAGCUACAGAAAUGCAAACUACUCAACGAGAAAGUCGUCGUCAGCACAGCGGUGAAAAUUUUAGUUCCGGACGCAUUUAUCACUCGCGUCAAGUUCAAGGUCAAGUAUCCGGUGGUUCUGAGGGCUAUGGCCAUAUAGAUAAGGAUCUAAUCUUUAUUGAACGUGGCGAAAACAGUCCACAUCGACAAAAACCACCACCGGGUUAUGAAUUCAAGGGCAAGAUAGAAGUUCAAUGCCUGGAGAAAGAAACUCGCUCACGAUCUCGUGGUCGAACUAUUGGUAAUCUACCACCAGUAGCUCCACCAGUACCACAACCUAUGCCAUUACCAACUCCCAGUGUGGGUCCUUGUCCACCUGGAUGGCAACAAGUCAUUAUGUCUGCUGGUUCUUGUGGGCCAUGUCCAUCUGGUGGUAAUGCAUACACUGCACAAGUAGUUGGAGGUGCUGGCAUGGCUCAAGGAGGAUUCGGUGGUGUUGGUAUGGCUCAAUCAGGAUUCGGCGGUGCUGGUAUGGGUCAGGCAGGUUUUGGUGGUGCUGCUGGUUCAUAUGGAGGAUCUGCUUCAGGAGGUGGACUCGCCAAUUUAGCAGCAAGUCUUCCUUUUCCAUCGCAAGGACAAUUGAUAGCUGAUUACAUUGUUGAAUCGGGUGCUGGUGGUGGUGAUGAAGGUGCUAAUUCAUCAGGUGGAAGUGGUGGUGGUGCUGCAUUUGGAGAAUAUAGUGAACAUGGCGAAGAACGAACUACAGGUCGAGCAAAAAUAAUUGAAGUUUGGCAGAAACGAUCGAAGUCUGAAGUACGCAAAGAAUCACGUUCGCGUUCACAUUCGCAUGAUUCACAUCACUCACAUACACGAAAUUCAAAAGAAGGUGUAACAUUCAAUUUUGAAAAGUUUCGUAGUGAAAUUCUUUCUGCUAUCGAACGUAUAAUACAAACUGGAGGUAGUAAAUCAAAUACUGGUGGACAGAGUGGUGGUACUCAAACUUCAAUUGAUCCAAACUAUUCAAAACAAAAAGAAAAGGAAGUAAUACAUCAUCAUAGUGGUGGUGGUGGCGAAGUACGAGUCAUCGUACAACCUAUUCAGCCAGUCUUCUACAUGCCACGACAAACUGAGCAAACAACAACAUCAGGUACAGCAACAGUACCACAUGUUGGUCCUGCUCCUAUUACUCACCAACCUACAAGUGGAGCACCGCAAAUUGUCUAUGUUCCACGCAAUGUCUACGUUCCUGUUAUUAAACCAGUAUUUGUUCCACGUGAACGUGUGAUUGUACGCCCACAAAUCAUACAUGUAGCACGACCUGUACUUGUUGACCGGCCAGUACCUGUCACACAGCGGCCAAUUAUCAUCGACCGUGAACGUCCAAUUCCUGUGCCAAUACGUACUCCAGCAGCAGCGCAAGGUGGUUCUAAGGUGAUUAGAGAGGAAUACGUUUAUCGAGACAACUUACCUGUCGCAUACGGUGGUCGUUGUCCUGAAUAUGCAGGUGGUGUUAACUAUGGUUAUAUGCCAACGCAGCAAGAGCAUCAAUAUGCUACUAGCUCAGUGCAUGAAGUAUCCAACGGUUAUCAAGCACAAGGACCCGUAAUAGAUGUAACUGUUCCCAAUCAAUUUCAACACAGUCAAUCAGGUGGUCAACUAAAUGUACAACAAAGUGGUGGUAGCUUCCAAGAAUCAUUCACUAAUGCAGGUCAAGUAAAUAAUGGAUCAGCUCUCAACGGUUUGCCAGUUGAUUGUACAGCUCCAAUCGAAGUACUCGAUACAACUGUGAAUCCUACGUGGCAAAGAACAGAUAAAGCAGCAUUAGUGAGACGUUUUGGACGUACAGCAUUUGAUAUCGUUCAAAAAACUGAUCAAGUCGAACAGAAAAUGUACCAGGAGCUUCGUCAACGAAGCAGCAGUGGUGGUGUCCAACGAUCUUAUUCUACAGCUAGCUAUGGAUCGGGCUCUGGUAUAGAAAACGGUAAUGCUGGUGGAUUUUCGGUAAAUAAUGCCUCAUUCUCAUCGUUUCCAAUUGGCAAUAUAAACUGUGAUUAA